GCUUAACAGAAAGAGAGGGGCUUUCUCGCGUUUCCCGACUAUUUCUCCCCAGCAGACUCCGCCGUGGCCGCUUCCACAUCACCGCCCGCCAGUAAACCCGACAACGACGGCGUGGUUUCGGACACCGUUUUGCAUCCAACCCCGUGCACAAAAACGGCUCAGACAAGGGUCAGGAGAUUCAUUUCUGAGAGAGAGAUGCUGCUGAGAUGACCUGUGUGGCCUUAUUUUCCUCAAGAGAUUGUACUCCAAUCAAAAGCCCGGGUCAAACUCUAACCUGGAUAUGGUGGACAGGUUCAUAUGAUGGACAGGUGAUGCAGUCUUCCAUCAGUUUCCUCCACCAGUGACUCAGCCUGCCAGCCCCUCCCUCUGAGGCACAAGCGUGUACCAGCGAUCCUAAGCCCCCCCAUUUCUUUGCCAUGGUGACAUAAGGAGUGCUGCAACAUGAGGGAGCGCCAACAUGACCUUCUCACUUCAUUCUUCUGUAGCUGCGGCAGCUGCAACCGUAGCGCUGUCUAGCUCUGUAAAAAUACGGACUCUGUUCUGAGUUAUCCUUGACAACUUUUUUUUUUUUUUUUUUUUUUUUUUUUUAAUAUACCUAAUUUUUUGUAUCUAUUUUUUUCUACCCACCCGAGAGAGACUAUCCCCAAGGCGUGUUGCUAGGCUGGUGGGGCGGAGCGGUGUGGCGAGGGACGAUGCUGGGAUGUGUGACGCGCCUCCGUCGGCUGGUCCGCCUCCUCCCCCUGCAGACCUCCCUGCUCCUCCUCUUCCUUUUCUGCACCGUCAGCGUCUUCAUCUUCUCCUACUUCCUCUAUGGCGUCAAACGUGAGCCGGAGCCGCUGGGAGGAGGCGUGUCCCUGGCCGAAGGGGCGUCCGUCGGCUCGGAUGACCCACGGGUCACGCCGUCCCGGCUUCUACCUUUGCGGGGCGUCUCGGGGGGCCCUGGCAUGGAUGGCGGAGGGGCCAGGACAGAUCCUGUGGUUCUGGUGUUUGUGGAAAGCCAAUAUUCUCAACUGGGGCAGGAGAUCGUGGCCAUACUGGAGUCUGGCCGGUUCAAGUACCGGACUGAGAUCUCCCCCGGCAAAGGGGACAUGCCCACACUGACGGACAAAGAGAGAGGACGCUUUGCUCUCGUGAUUUAUGAAAACAUUCUCAAGUAUGUGAACUUGGAUGCCUGGAACCGGGAGCUGCUGGACAAAUACUGUGUGGAGUACGGAGUGGGAAUCAUUGGCUUCUUCAAGGCCAAUGAAAACAGUCUGCUCAGUGCUCAGCUGAAAGGCUUCCCGCUCUUUCUUCACUCCAACCUGGGUCUGAAGGACUGCGCGGUCAACCCCAAGUCCCCUCUGCUCUUCAUCACCCGAUCGGGGCACCCCCUCCCAGGUCCCCUGCCCGGGGACGACUGGACCGUGUUCCAGUCCAACCAUUCUACGUACGAGCCCGUGCUGCUGGCUAAGACCCAGUCAGCCGAGAGCGUAGCAUCCAUGGGGCAGAACGCCGCCAUGCUCCCGUCCGUGGUUCAGGACCUCGGGCUUCACGACGGUAUCCAGAGGGUCCUGUUCGGCAACAAUUUGAGCUUUUGGUUGCACAAGCUGGUGUUUGUGGACGCUGUGGCCUUUCUGACGGGGAAGAGGCUCUCGUUGUCCCUGGAGCGCUACAUGCUGGUGGAUAUCGAUGACAUCUUUGUGGGUAAAGAAGGCACCCGCAUGAAGGUUCCUGAUGUAAAGGCCCUGCUGGAAACACAGAGGGAGCUGCGCACCCAUGUGCCCAACUUCACCUUCAAUCUGGGUUUCUCAGGGAAAUUCUUUCAUGCUGGAUCGGAUGAGGAAGACCUGGGAGAUGACCUGCUGCUUUCCCACGUGAAGGAUUUCUGGUGGUUUCCUCACAUGUGGAGCCACAUGCAGCCCCAUCUCUUUCACAACCACUCCGUGCUGGCCGAGCAGAUGUUGCUCAACAAGAAAUUCGCCAUGGAGCACGGGAUCCCCACUAACAUGGGCUACGCAGUGGCUCCUCACCACUCGGGGGUUUAUCCUGUGCACAUACAGUUGUAUGAUGCCUGGAAGAAGGUGUGGGGCAUCAAGGUGACGAGCACUGAGGAGUACCCGCACCUAAAGCCUGCCCGCUUCCGGCGAGGCUUCAUCCACAGUGGCAUCAGUGUGUUGCCCAGGCAGACAUGUGGCCUUUUCACACACACCAUAUUCUAUAAAGACUACCCGGGCAGCCCCAAUGAACUGGACAAGCUCAUCAAUGGAGGGGAGCUCUUCCUCACUGUUCUGCUGAACCCUAUCAGUAUCUUCAUGACCCAUCUGUCAAACUACGGGAACGACCGCCUCGGCCUGUACACCUUCAAAAGUCUGGUGAUGUUCAUCAAGACGUGGACGAACCUGAAGAUGCAGACCCUGCCACCUCUGCAGCUGGCGCAGAAGUACUUCAGUCUGUUUCCCUCGGAGAGAGAUCCCCUCUGGCAGGAUCCUUGUGAGGACAAAAGGCACAAGGACAUCUGGUCCAAAGAGAAAACAUGUGACCGCUUCCCCAAACUGCUUGUUAUUGGGCCUCAGAAGACUGGAACGACAGCACUUUACCUGUUUCUCGGCAUGCACCCUGAUCUGACCAGCAACUACCCCAGCAAGGAGACGUUUGAGGAGAUUCAGUUCUUCAAUGGACACAACUACCACAGAGGCAUUGACUGGUACAUGGAGUACUUCCCUCUGCCCUCCAACACCAGUUCAGACUACUAUUUUGAGAAGAGUGCCAACUACUUUGACUCUGAGGUGGCUGCUCAGAGAGCUGCAGCUCUUCUGCCCAAAGCCAAGAUCAUCACCAUCCUCAUCAACCCAGCGGACAGAGCGUACUCUUGGUACCAGCACCAAAGAGCUCAUGAUGACCCAGUGGCAUUAAAAUACUCCUUUCAUGAAGUCAUCACUGCAGGCCGGGACGCUCCAGUCAGACUACGGGUCCUGCAGAACCGCUGUCUGGUGCCGGGCUGGUACGCCAUCCACCUGGAGCGCUGGCUCAACUUCUACCACCCCAGCCAGUUGUUAGUUCUCGACGGACAGAUGCUGAAGACUGAGCCUGCCUCUAUCAUGGAUAAAAUCCAGAAGUUUCUCAGCCUUGCCAACAUUAUAAACUACCACAAGAUCUUAGCGUUUGAUCCCAAGAAAGGCUUCUGGUGUCAGUUGCUGGAAGGAGGGAAAACUAAAUGUUUGGGAAAGAGUAAAGGACGCAGGUACCCUGAUAUGGACCCCGAGUCGCAGGAGUUCCUCAGGGAGUACUACAGGGAUCACAACAUCGAACUGUCUAAGCUGCUCUACAGGAUGGGUCAGCCUCUGCCCAGCUGGCUCCGAGAGGAGCUGGUGCACAGCAGGUAGCAGCGCUGCCACGGAGGACGAUAGCAAUCCCUUCAUAGUGACUCACCGGCCAGGGGGCCUGAAAUAUUAAAGAUCCCAAGUUGUUUUGACUGGAAUCUGUUGAGAUUUGAAGGUGGGAUAUCGAACUAAAAGUCAAAACUCUACUGUGAUCUUCCGGGAACAUGGCAACACGAACGGGUUCGCCUCACUGAGAAGACUCAGCGACGCACACAAGAAACCGCCGGUGUUUGAUAACCACAGUUCCAUCAUCCUCAAGCUUCCUCUCAUCACAUGAACUUGCUGCUGGAACUUUGGGAGACAAAAAGGAACUUUUGUCUGCAGUCUCAGUUUUCAAAAAGGGGGUGACUGACGACACAAUCACACAUUUCCCCAGCGAUACCAUGUGGUGUUUGGAGCAUAUCGCAAUGGAUAACGUCCUGGUGGACAGCAGCGUCUGAUCCAGGCGUUUGUGUGACGUGGUGAGCGGGACACGUGGAGCCCUGACUCAGGCUGCAUCGUGUAGCCUUACUCGAUAGGCCUUGGUAGACCCUAGUUAUCGUAUUACAAGUGCCAGGACAGAAUCUUCAUCAAACUAUCGCCACAUGAACUUUUUGAGGGUUCUUUUUAAAAAACGUUUUUUGUUUUUCUUUUCUCCAAUUUAACAUUUCUUUUAAUACUGAUGGAAAUGCGUAUUUGUAGAAUGUACCAAAACUAAAAAUCUUAGCUGCGUUGUUUCUCGUAUAUACAGAAUGUACAGUGCAGUUAUUUAUACUGUCUUUUGGCUCCGCCUGCUCUCCGGUCAGUUUCAUGACCAAGUGCGUCGGCUCAAGCAGGAACAGUAGGACAGACGUUUGAAAGCACAAAGGCGCUCGAGCGAGCAUCAAUUCGGAACGUACAAGAACCUGGAAAGCACACUAACUAAAUGGCUCCUACAAUCUGUGAAGAAGAUCAUAAGCUAGCUACUGUAUAUUAAUCGAGCACUCUGGUCCUGUAGGUUCAGAAAGUGUACAGAGGAAGGCUGUGCAUUUCAGAACUGUUUUUCAACAUUGGGUUUUUGUCAAAACUGUAUUUUAUCAUCUAUUAUUUUUGAUUUUAUUUAGAAGAGGGUUGAGAGGUGAGCUUAGAUUAAAAAAAAAAAGUCACCAGACCAACCAACAGUAUAUGACAACACAAACUGAUGACGUCACACAGUUGUUGGUCCAAGUGUUACCACUGCAGCAACAUGUCAAGCGUAGAUAACAAAAAGCUGCUCUUACCGCAAUAGUUUUGUACGUUGUUCUGAUGUAACAAUGCACACGUGGCUUCGUCAUUUUCCUGACUCUGUAAUGUACAUAAUGCAAGACCCUGAGUAGACCUAAAUUAUUGAAUGUGUUUGGGUUUACGUCGCAUCAGUUCUUGUAGUGUGAAACGUCAUUGCUGCACUGAGGGGAGUUUCGAUUCUUUCAUCGUGCAGAGGCGUCUUAAAGAGCAUUUCCUCUCUCGUGACCUCUCACUGCCAACUGUUGUACAAAGGUACUGAGUCUCUCCAUAUAAAGUAUUACGUGAUAACACAUAACAGCAACGAUGGUACUAAUCUCCUGGACUGUAUGAUAAAGAUUUGUAAUUGUUGUCAAUAAUUUUUACAGUGUAACUAAUAUUGUCGGUGCUUUUUAAUUUGCAAAUAAAACACCACUGUAUUUUUCA